CCCAAUUCCCAAACUCACUCACCCUCUCUCUCUCUAUCUCUCUCUCUCUCUCUCUCUCUUCCAUUUCCUUUUCUUCUCCCGCUCAUCCAUCAGCAAGCCCUAGCUACUGGAAUCGAACUCAUCGAUCAGUCUCUCACGCAAAUCCGAUUCAGAGAGACCUCACCCUCUUCGGUACAAGACGAGUGCUCUCGAUGUGCAGCCCAUUCUUUCUGUAGUGUCUAUUAUCCUUGACGCAUUUGCUGGAGUCUUGAAAGGAAAAUAAAAAGGUUCAGUAGUUUAGAGGUUUAGCCCAUCCCAUUGCUCCAGGCCAGCCUAACAUAAGUACCCAGAACUAGAAAAUGGCAGGGGAAGAUGAGGACUUGCCCAGAGACGCCAAGAUUGUGAAGACGCUACUAAAGUCGAUGGGUGUGGAGGAGUAUGAACCUCGUGUUAUUCACCAAUUCUUGGAGCUGUGGUAUCGAUAUGUUGUUGAUGUGCUCAGUGAUGCACAGGUCUACUCUGAACAUGCUGGUAAAGCUGCAAUUGAUUGUGACGAUGUCAAGCUUGCUAUUCAGAGCAAGGUUAAUUUUAGCUUUUCACAACCCCCGCCAAGAGAGGUUUUACUGGAGUUGGCUAGAAACAGAAACAAAAUCCCAUUACCGAAAUCAAUUGCUGGGCCUGGGGUGGCAUUGCCGCCUGAACAAGACACAUUGAUCAGCCCGAACUAUCAACUGGCAAUUCCAAAGAAACAACCAACCCAAGCAAUGGAAGAAAUGGAGGAGGAUGAAGAGCCUUCUGAACCAAAUCCACCCCAAGAACCGAAGCCCUCUGAUGUGCCGCAGAACACUCCCCAAAGGGUAUCCUUCCCCCUCACUAAACGCACAAAGUGAGGAUCUAGCCGAUGGGAAGAAACAGUGGUUCAUCCUAAUGCAGAGGUGUGAGAUGUAGUAAUUGUGUUUGCUUACAACAAAGUGCUGAUUUGUAUUAGAAAUGUAUACUUGUAAAAGAAUGUUCUGCAAUACUUUCGAUUUUCAGUUAUUUGAACGCUUAUAACAUAAGAUAAUUGCUAAACAGAUGUUCUGCUGUUGA